AUGAUCCUCAGACGAGCUUCCACUCUCAGUCGUCCUCUCGUCCUUCGUCCGACCUACUCCGCCCGUGUGUGCUACUACCAUCCGCCCGAAGUGCAUAGCAACAAGGGAGAGGAGUUCUUCAUCCCCCCUUCCUACCCAGACAACUUGGAGGAUUCUCCCAGUCUCGUCCAGAAACGCGACGAGUCAGCACAGAAUCCGGCCCACUGGGAUGAGAUCCAUGCUACCUCUAGUGAGAUCUCGGUGCGUUUAUCCCCCUUCCCUUCUAUCAAGGUAAGUGGGUUAUAA